GAUCGACAUAACAUACUCCAUAUUAAUUUAAUUUACUUCCCUAAUUGAAGGAAAAAAAACAAAAUUCUCUCCCGAAUUGAAAUUUGAUUGCUUCCGGCAACAGGAAAAACGAUCCAACCGCGCUAUGGUCUGCGAAAAGUGCGAGAAGAAGCUAGGGAAGGUGAUCGUGCCCGACAAGUGGAAGGACGGGGCCCACAACACCACCGAAGGCGGCGGCCGUAAGAUCAACGAGAACAAGCUCCUCUCCAAGAAAAAUAGAUGGGCGCCUUAUGGACAAUCAAAGUGUACCAUAUGCAAGCAGCAAGUUCACCAGAAUGGAAAGUAUUGCCAUACAUGCGCGUACAGUAAAGGAGUGUGUGCGAUGUGUGGAAAACAAGUGCUCGACACCAAGCUCUACAAGCAGAGUAAUGUAUGAUGUAUCUGUAGCCAGGUUUCACUCGAACACAUCAAUAUGUCGUUAUCUUCUGCUUCUUGUGAGAAUGUGUCGAUGAUACUAUAUUUGGAUAGUAUCGCGGUGACUGGAAUACUUGAAGAAUAUGUGCUGCUUGUUGAACAUUGCUGCCUCCAUCUUGGAUUACCAAUUCAAUUUAUAUAAAAUCAUCUUUAGUA